CUCCCCGUCUCCGGUAAAUCAUUUGAUAGUGCAAUGCAAAUCUACCGCACUCAUUUGAAAUCAAUCAUACUUUUUCGAAGAUAUUACUGAUUUGAGCAGAAUUACAGUGAAGAGAAAUGAGGGAGAUUGUCCAUUUGCAGACUGGCCAGUGCGGCAACCAAAUCGGAUCAAAGUUCUGGGAAGUCACAUGUGACGAGCAUGGCGUUGACCCUACAGGAGCUUACCAUGGCGACUCCGAUCUCCAAUUGGAGCGCAUCAACGUCUACUUCAACGAGGCCAACGGAGGUAGAUACGUUCCGCGAUCGGUGCUCAUCGAUCUAGAGCCAGGAACCAUGGAUUCAGUCCGGUCUGGUCCGUACGGACAGAUCUUCCGCCCGGACAAUUUUAUAUUCGGACAGAGUGGAGCAGGGAACGUUUGGGCCAAGGGACAUUAUACUGAAGGAGCAGAGCUGGUAGAUGCCGUGAUUGAUGUUGUUAGGAAAGAAGCCGAAAGCUGCGAUUGUCUACAGGGAUUUCAACUCACACAUUCUCUAGGAGGUGGUACCGGUUCUGGCAUGGGUACCUUGCUGAUUAGCAAGCUAAAGGAGGAGUAUCCCGAUAGGAUCUUUAUGACAUUCAGUGUUAUUCCAUCCCCGAAGGUUUCUGAAGUAGUUGUCGAACCCUACAACGCCACUCUUUCAGUUCAUCAGCUUGUUGAAAACACAGACGAAACAUAUUGCAUCGAUAACGAAGCCCUCUACGACAUCUGUUUCCGAACCUUGAAACUGACCACACCUACAUAUGGUGAUUUGAAUCAUAUUCUAUCUUACGCCAUGAGUGGCAUCACCGCUAGUCUUCGUUUCCCUGGACAGCUCAACGCAGACCUUCGCAAACUUGCCGUCAACAUGGUGCCCUUUCCACGUCUUCACUUCUUCAUGCCUGGGUUUUCACCCUUGACGAGCCGCGGUAGCCAGCAGUACCAAGCCUUGACAGUCCCCGAGCUCACCCAGCAGAUGUUCGAUGCCAAGAACAUGAUGGCCGCAUGCGAUCCUCGUCACGGUCGUUACCUUACCGUAGCGACAAUGUUCCGUGGUCGCAUGUCCAUGAAAGAGGUCGACGAACAGAUUCUCAAUACGCAGACAAAGAACAGUACUUACUUUGUUGAGUGGAUCCCCAACAAUAUCAAAUCAGCAGUUUGUGACAUACCUCCAAGAGGUAUGAAGAUGUCCGCUACCUUCAUUGGCAACAACACCGCCAUACAGGAAAUCUUCAAGCGCAUCUCUGAGCAGUUCACCGCUAUGUUCAGGAGAAAGGCUUUCCUUCAUUGGUACACUGGUGAGGGUAUGGACGAGAUGGAAUUCACUGAGGCUGAGAGCAACAUGAAUGACUUGGUGUCCGAGUAUCAGCAAUACCAGGACGCCACGAUCGAUGAUGAGGGUGAAUUCGAAGAGGAAGAAGGGGAGGCCGACCCCGAGGAAGCCUGAGUUACUUUGAU